AUGGCAUACAACGGCCAAAAUCGCGAUUACGCUGGUGGUUCUGGCCACCAGCUUACUGAUUUGCCCCCGGGCGGCAAUUAUCAUAUGCCCCCCCACGAGCACGAAGAAGAGGCUGGCCGCUACCUCCUCAACGAACAGCCCGGCUCCGGCUACGAGCACGACCGUCUCGGCGCCCCCCAGCCUCCCGAUCGCCCUGUUUCUACCUACAGCUUGACCGAGUCGUAUGCUCCCGGCGCUGGCCAGACUGCGUCCCAGCCGCACCAACCCGGCGGCUACGAAAGCUACGGCGCCGGCGGUCAGUACGGUCAGGACGGCCAGUUCAUCCAGGCGCACGACUUCCCGUACGGUCGUCCCGCAUCCACCGUCGAGGAUGAAGAGGAAAGCUGGAUGGCGCGCCAGCAGCAACCUGGCGGCUUCGGCCGUGGCAACGGCAGCGGUCUUAAGCGUUUCAACACCAGAAAAGUCAAACUUGUCCAGGGCUCCGUCCUCUCCAUCGAUUACCCCGUCCCCAGUGCCAUCAAGAACGCCGUCGAGCCUCGCUACCGCGACGUCGAGGGCGGCAACGAGGAAUUCAUGAAGAUGCGUUACACCGCUGCCACCUGCGACCCCAACGACUUUACCCUCAAGAACGGUUACGAUUUGCGCCCUCGAAUGUACAACCGCCACACCGAGCUGCUCAUUGCCAUCACCUACUACAACGAAGACAAGGUUCUGCUCUCCAGAACCCUUCACGGUGUCAUGCAAAACAUUCGCGACAUUGUCAACCUGAAGAAGUCGACCUUUUGGAACAAGGGCGGCCCGGCCUGGCAGAAGAUUGUCGUCUGCCUCGUCUUCGACGGUAUCGAAAAGGCCGACAAGAACACCCUGGAUGUCCUGGCCACGGUCGGCAUCUACCAGGAUGGUGUCAUCAAAAAGGACGUCGACGGAAAGGAGACGGUUGCUCACAUUUUCGAGUACACCUCCCAGCUCUCUGUCACCCCCAACCAGCAGCUGAUUCGCCCAACCGGCGACAACCCUCAGAACCUGCCCCCGGUCCAGUUCAUUUUCUGCCUCAAGCAGAAGAAUAGUAAGAAGAUCAACUCUCACCGCUGGCUGUUCAACGCCUUUGGUCGCAUCCUCAACCCCGAGGUUUGCAUCCUGCUCGAUGCUGGAACCAAGCCCAGCCCCCGCUCGCUGCUCGCCCUUUGGGAAGGCUUUUACAACGACAAGGACCUCGGCGGUGCCUGUGGCGAAAUUCACGCCAUGUUGGGCAAGGGCGGCAAGAAGCUGUUCAACCCCCUCGUCGCCGUCCAAAACUUCGAAUACAAGAUUUCCAACAUUCUCGAUAAGCCCCUGGAGAGCUCGUUUGGCUACGUUAGCGUUCUGCCCGGUGCCUUCUCGGCCUACCGCUUCCGCGCCAUCAUGGGCCGCCCUCUGGAGCAGUACUUCCACGGUGACCAUACCCUAUCCAAGAGUUUGGGCAAGAAGGGUAUCGAUGGAAUGAACAUUUUCAAAAAGAACAUGUUCUUGGCCGAAGACAGAAUUCUCUGCUUCGAGCUCGUCGCCAAGGCUGGCCAGAAGUGGCAUCUGUCUUACAUCAAGGCCGCCAAGGGUGAAACUGACGUGCCGGAGGGUGCUGCCGAGUUCAUCUCCCAGCGUCGCCGUUGGCUCAACGGUUCCUUUGCUGCCACCCUCUACUCCCUCAUGCACUUUGGCCGCAUGUACAAGAGUGGUCACAACAUCAUCCGCAUGAUCUUCCUCCACGUUCAGCUCUUGUACAACAUCUUCAACCUCAUCUUCACCUGGUUCUCUCUGGCUUCUUACUACCUCACCACCACUGUCAUCAUGGAUCUCGUCGGCACGCCCGUGGUUGGCGGUCAAGGCGGCGCGGAACAUCACGGCUGGCCCUUUGGCGACACGGCGACGCCCUUGAUCAACGCGCUCUUGAAGUAUUUUUACCUGGCUUUUGUCAUCCUGCAGUUUAUCCUGGCUCUCGGUAAUCGCCCGAAGGGUUCCAAGUUUACCUAUAUUGCCUCGUUCAUGCUGUUCGGUCUCAUCCAAACAUAUAUCCUGGUGCUCUCUGGUUACCUGGUGGCCCGCGCCUUCAACACGCCCAUCUCGGAACAAAUCAAGCUAGAUUCCGGAAAGGAUUUCGUGAAUAGUUUCUUCUCGGGAGAAGGAGCAGCAGGUGUCAUUCUCAUAGCGCUCAUCACCAUCUACGGCCUCUACUUCCUCGCAUCCUUCCUGUACCUGGACCCAUGGCACAUGUUCCACUCGUUCCCGUACUACUUGGUUCUCAUGUCGACCUACAUCAACAUCCUCAUGGUCUACGCCUUCAACAACUGGCACGACGUCUCAUGGGGUACAAAGGGUUCCGACAAGGCUGAAGCGCUCCCGUCGGCCAACAUUACCAAGGGCGAAAAGAAUGAGGUGGUGGUGGAGGAAAUUGAAAAGGAGCAGGAAGACAUUGACAGCCAGUUUGAGCAGACGGUGCGCCGUGCUCUCGCACCAUUCAAGGAGGAGGAGGAGCUCGAGGCCAAGGAUGUCGAGGACUCGUACAAGUCAUUCCGUACCGGUCUGGUUGUGUGCUGGCUGUUCUCCAACAUUAUUCUCAUCAUUGUCAUUACGAGUGACAACUUUAACAGCUUUGGAAUAGGCAAAUCGUCCUCGGUCCGCACUGCCAACUUUUUCAAGUUCCUCUUGUAUGCCACGGCGGUUCUUUCUGUUGUCAGAUUCAUCGGGUUCCUUUGGUUCCUUGGCAAGACUGGCCUCAUGUGCUGCUUCUCGAGGAGGUAA